AAGCGUCACAGGAUCACGCCAGCUUCCAGCGCGCUAACAGCACAGCGAUUCAUUAGAACCAGAACUCGCUGCUUUUACCUCAUUUAGAACGCCUUUGGAAUCAUUUGUUAAUUCUAGAACUGAACGUUUAAUUAAAACAGUGAGAGGUUUUGUGUAAUGCGAUAAUUUUUUCACAUCCUGAUUCUGCGAGAGCGACCGGAGCCAAUCAGAACGCGCGUUUCCUGCAGGCUAGCCAAUGGGAAGGAAGGAAGGGCGGGACGUGCAGCGGCAGUUAGGGUUGCAUUUUUAGGGCGAGGUCAUGCGAAACAUGGACAUGCCGGUGUGGAGUUGUCCAUGAAUCGUGGAACACGGACCUCCCUUUUUCGGCUUGGGUCGGCCCUGCAGCGGUUAUAAAUGGAAUGGCUGAAAGAGUUUUGUGUCGCAGUCUGCGGUCUCGGUUUUCGGUGACAAGGUUGUGGACUUUGGUUUCACUUUGGGAGAGAAAAAUUACGGUUAAAAAAACAAAAUAAAAGAACCGACAAUGGCGUCCAACGAUUAUUCUCAGACGGCAGCACAAGGCUAUGGACCUUAUGGUGCUCAGACUGGUCAAGGCUAUACCCAGCCAGCUGCCCAGGCCUACGGCCAGCAGAGCUAUGGCAGCUAUGGGCAGUCCUCGGACACCAGUGCAGCCGCUUACAGCCAGGGAGGUUAUGGGUCCACCUAUGGACAGACCCAGACAGGUGGUUAUGGUGCCCAGCCUGCCUCUCAAGGCUACAGCCAGUCCAGUCAGGCGUACGGAGCCGCUGGGUACGGGAGCAGCCAGCCCGCCCAGAGCAGCUACGGGCAGCAGUCCUCGUACCCGGGCUAUGGGCAGCAGCAGCCAGCCUCUGCGUCUUCAGCCACCAGUUAUGGCAGCGGCUCCCAGGCUCCCUCUGGUUACGGGCAGCCCCAGAGCGGCGGUGGAGGCGGGGCUAACUCUGGGGCCGCAGCAGGAGGGGGCUACGGGACCCAGGGGGGCUAUGCUGGGCAGGGGCAGGGGCAGCCCCCCCAGCAGGGAGGAGCGGGGGGAGCUAGCGGAGGAGGAGGAGCAGCUGCGGGACACUACAGCCAACAGCAACAACCCAACUACAACACCCCUCCACCCCAGAGCUACAGCCAGCAGCAGGGCCAGUACAGUCAAGGAGGAGGGGCAGGAGGUAUGGGAAAGGCUCCUUUACUAAACCACACACACUCCAGUUACAGUGCUGGUGGGGGGGCGCCCCCUCCUGGGUCUCAAGCUCACACGACCGGCGGCUACAGCAACCAGCAGCAACCGCACCCGGGCUACCCCAGCCCGCACCCCGCGCACACUUACGGGAGCCACCAGUACGGAGCUGCAGAAGGGUACGGUCAGGAGCCUCCCCAGAUGGGAGGGGGCUACGGGGGUCCCGAAUCUGGAGGGUACGGAGGACAAGAUAGUAGAGGCCGGGGCAGGGGCGGUGGUUUCGGAGGAAGGGGAGGAUUCGACAGGGGAGGAAGGGGAGGACCCCGAGGAAGAGGAGGCAUGGGCAGUGGAGACAGAGGUGGCUUCAAUAAAUUCGGUGGACCUAGAGACCAAGGACCUGGAGGGCCACUCCCUAUGCAGGAACAGGAUAAUUCUGAUAACAACACCAUAUUUGUGCAGGGGUUGGGGGACAGCUGCACUGUGGACACUGUGGCUGACUUCUUUAAGCAGAUUGGCAUCAUCAAGAUUAACAAGAAGACUGGGCUGCCCAUGAUCAACCUGUACACUGACCGGGAGACGGGCAAGCUGAAGGGGGAAGCGACCGUCUCUUUCGAUGACCCUCCCUCUGCCAAGGCCGCUAUAGACUGGUUUGAUGGCAAGGAAUUCUGUGGUAAUCCUAUCAAAGUUUCAUUUGCUACGCGCCGGCCAGACUUUGUGAGAGGGGGCGGAAACAUGCGAGGGGGGCGUGGCAGAGGAGAUAUGCCUUUUCGCUCUGAAGGGCCCAUGGGAAGAGGUGGGUUUGGAGGAGGCAGAGGAGGAGGCGGGGGGGGCUUCCCUAGCAGCAACGGAGGGGGGGGCCAGCAGAGAGCCGGGGACUGGAAGUGUUCAAACCCUGUUUGUGGGAACCUGAAUUUCUCCUGGAGGAACGAGUGUAACCAGUGCAAAGCGCCCAAACCAGAGGGGGCUGGCGGGCCCCCUCCCAUGGGGGGUGGUUUUGGUGGUGAUCGCGGUGGCCGGGGAGGUUUUGACCGUGGUGGGUUCCGGGGGCGCGGUGGAGACCGGGGGGGCUUCCGAGGAGGGAGAGGGGGUGACAGGGGUGGCUUCGGACCUGGCAAAGUGGAUGGCAGAGGUGAACACAGACAGGACCGCAGAGACAGGCCUUACUAAAACCUUAACGUACACCGGGACCAUGAUUUUUACAUUUUAUUUUAUUUUUUGUAUUCUGUGUUUAAGUUGCUGGACUAGUCCUGUUUUUGAAAUUGUCUUUCUGUAGAAAUAAAAUCCAGUUGUAUCUGCUCUAUCUGCCAGAAUUUAACAGGUGUGUGUGGUGUGUGUUUUUUUAAUUAGUUUAAAAUGGGGGGGGGGGGGAAAUGAGUCUUCAAUGUAUUAAUGUGACAUUUUAAUAGUUAAGUAAAAUAUUUGUAUUGACAUCACAUGACAUGCAUCUUAAAUUCCAUUCUAAAGUCAGGAAUGCAUCAUUUUUACAAACCUUUCAUAUUGUGGCCAGUCGAGAAUAGGUGUAACAGAGAAUCCAGCUGCAGAAGUCUGUUUUCAGGGUUUUGGAGUUUUUGCCCCUGGGGAUUACACAUCAUUAGCACUAGUAGACUGGAAUAAACACGCCUUCAUUGUUAACUAUUUAACUUUUUCACUGCACGACAUAUUGAACUUAUAUUUCUGUUACUUCGCUUUCCGUGUAGAUGCAACAUUUUACAGUAUUAUCAUAAUUUUAACCCAUUUGAUAAUAAUACCAGUAAUAACACUGGAAGCACUGCAGAGACUGGCAAAACUCAGCACACUUGGAAACUACUACUGAAAUCUAAUGAUCUAGACAUCAUUAGGACAUUUUGAAUGCAAAUGAAGCUAUUUACAAUAUAGAACAUUAAACUAAAUACUUAAAAAGCAACAACAUAAUGCAUUAUAUUAUAAGCGCUUUGUGAUGGUGGUCCACUAAAAGGCGCUACAUAAAAUAGAUUGAUUAUAUACACACAUUCCAUCGUGGAAUAACCUGUGAGAGUUUAUGGAAUAGUUGUAGACAACUUAUCAGAGUCUGCUUUUGAAAAAUGCCAGAGUCCUUUGUUCUGAAAACACUUGAAAGAGUUCCCACCUGAUCACUAUCUCUGUGUGACCUUAAAUAAACAAACCAGCAAAUUCAAGCGCUUUCCAGUCACUUCUGUAGAAACUCCCUUUGUACCUUUGUUGUAAUCUGUGAGUGAGUGAGCACAUGUUUUUUUUUUUUUCUUUCUUUUAAAUACAUAAUUGUACAAUAACAACGAAGUUGGUUAAAUUAUACGUGUGUUUAUGGUUAGGAGUUGAAGAAUAAAUUGUGUCCAAUUAGCAGAUUUAAAUGUAAAAAUAACAUUUACAGUACAGUUUUUAAAUAUGUCCAAACAGCAACUCUAUUCACUACAUUUUUUAUAUGUCCAAACAACUAAUAUUCACUGUACAAUUUUUUUUAAAAUGUCUAAACAACUGUGGAGUAGUGGUUAGGGCUCUGGACCUCACUGAAGGGUUGUGGGUUCAAUCCCAGCUGCUGCUGUACCCUGGAGCAAUGUACUGUUCCAGUCAUAUCUUGUAACAAUUGUAAGUCGCCCUGGAUAUCUGCUAAUAAAUAAUAACAACUGUCUUGGUUGGAAAAUACAUAUAUAUGUCCUGCCAGGGUGUUUAAACUGGUCUUAAUUCUAAGCAUCGUUUUUUUAUGAAGCCGAAAAGCAGAGAUGGCAGAGAGAGAAGAGAAAAUUGGUUGGACAAAAUAGUUUUGUAAAGUUAUUGAUUGGACAUAUCAACAUUGUUUAACUGUAGUUGUUGUUACACCUAUUCUCGACUGGCCCCCGCCCGGCAGGCGAGAAUUCUACCACUGAACCACCAAUGCUUGCGUGACGUUUGCUUGAGGCUUACUGUCCGCUCCCAUGCACACCAGUAGCUGUAUAGACAGCUUUUAAAACGGGUCGGUGGUGGUUGAGGGAAAACACCAUUCUGCCCAAGCAGCCUAUAUUUCCGUGGCUUAAUUCGAGCAUCUGUGAUAUACAGGGUAUAGACGCGUUGGUUGUGUAGUGGUGAGCAUCGCUGCCUGCCGAGCAGUUGCGCCGGGUUCGAUUCCUUGCCCCCCCAAAUAUUUUGCAAUGUCCGCCUCUUUUUUUUACUUUAAAGUUUAGAAUGAAGCUUAAUGCAUUUGCCCACUUCUUUGAUUUACACGCGCAAUUUGUUUGUUCAAACUGCAAUAGUCGUGAUAGCAGCAGUGGUAUCACUAUGAUGUGCUACUCUGUGAUGUGCGUUAAUGCGUUAAGCCUCAUCAAAACAGAAGGUUUCAUUUGGGAUCAUACAUUGAUAAUGAGCUGUGGGGAAAACUGCAAAUAUCGAUAUUAAGUUUGGGCUGAAAGAUUCAUCUUGUAAGGAUUGAUGUCUUUCUAUUGUUAGCCCUGCCACAUCAAAAAAUUAAACGUGUUGCUGUGACACGCCUUGUAAUAUGGAAUAUACUGAAACCGAAUUGUAUGCUUGUGUAACACCUAGACAAUAAGGAGUAAUUAAAGAAUAACUACUUCUACAAAGGUGAAUGAAUAACUAAUCAAAGAAAGAAAACCCACUAGACUACACAAUUAAUCACACACAAUUACUUCAAUUCCAUUUCAAAAUACCGUAUAGCUAGCAGGGGUGCAACACCAGCCCACCCCACCAGGGAGCGAUCUUCCAGAACUGGCAAUACACUAAUUAUAGAGGUAAAAAGGUAUGCUGUUAGCUGCAGUUCUAAAACAAAGUUGACCAAAAAACAAACAAACAAUGUACUAGCUUUAUUAUACACGUUAAAAUGAGAAAUAAAAAUUCAAGAAUUGAAAGAAUAACAUAGAAAACGCUUGGUGCGUCAAUUAGAAACCAUGAAAGAACCGCUUCAAUUCACAGGGAGGUAAUGUAUUAGCAGCACCUAGUGCAGUGUGAAAAGAUGAAUUAACCCGUUCUAGUGCUAGAUUGUACAUGUACACAAACAAUUGUACCUACAAAACGCCCAUCUGUUACACUAGUUUUGUGGUUGUUUUAGACCACACACCAAAACAAUACAAGCAGAUGCGUUACAAAAUAAACAGUGCUGUAUAAACUACAGAAACUCGAUGCUGAAUGGUUUUAUAGUCUGUUACAUCAGAAUUGUGUUUAAUGCAUAAGCAGUUGCUUUGCAGACUCAACAAAGACUGCAGUCCUCGUUUAACCACUGUGCAAUCAGCCCUUAGUCGCUGUGAUGUUGUUGUUCAUGGAAUUUGAGCGUGCGUACCGGCAAUUGGAAAAGUGUAAUACAAAAGAAUUAAAAACGGGCUCGUCCGGGAUUUGAACCCGGGAUCUCUCGCACCCGAAGCGAGAAUCAUCCCCCUAGACCAACGAGCCAGUGUCUGCCACUGUUUUGGUCCCCCGAGUUUCCAAAGAAGUGCAGACCUAGCUGUUCUGUUAGAUGGGAGACGUUUUUCUAUUGGGUGUACCUGUCGAGAGCACUGUAAUUUUGCCGUGUCUCCGAGCUGUGUGCUGUUGCCUGUUUGGGCCGUCUGACUUCUUUAACUGGCGGCUAGCAUUUCUAUGGGCAUCGAGAAGCGGUCGCUAUAAAUGAGGAAAGUAGUUUAGGUGGGAUUUCGUUUUGAUAUGUUAGGAAUGGAUCAGUUAGUCAGCAAAAAUAAAUAGAAAAAAAAAAGGAGGCUGGGUUUCGUUGUUUUGCAAAGGAUGCACUGCAACGUCCGCUCACAGGAGCAGUCCCUCUACUGGUGCGACACGGGGGUUUUGACCUGCUCCGUUCCCGACCUGGGCCGGUUCACCCCUCCUUAGACGACCUGGCAUUCACGAGCUCCCCCAGAUAUGCCACGUCGAUGCCGUGCUAAGUGCGGACUCCCGAUCGGCACAGCCAGUUGCAGCACAGAGCUCCCGUGCUCAAGCGAUCCGCCAGCCUCGACCCGCCCCUGUAGCUGGGAUUACAGACACACGCCACGGCGCCCGGCGUGAGCGAGAGCGGCUAGAAGGCAAUUCAAAUCCCCUUGUCUGAAAUGAGAGCGAAAGUACUCGUGCAGUUUAAUGCCGAUUGCAUUAAAAGCAUUGCCGGGUCCUGCUGUAGCGGUAAAACACUGUGACCAGAUGAAUGCAUUGAAAAAGUGUUACGUGAAACACAUGUGAAUCCUAGUUUCCGUGCUGCGAAUUAAAAAAAAAAAAAAAAAAAAAAAAAAAGCAGCACUAUAAGAAUGCCAAAAAAUAAAGGUGGUUGCGUUGGCCGGCUGAAACCGGCAGCUGGCUCGUUGGUCUAGGGGUAUGAUUCUCGCUUUGGGUGCGAGAGGUCCUGGGUUCAAAUCCAGGUUGAACCAGUUUUUUUUUUUUUUUAUUAAUUGUUUUGUACUAUACUGUUUUCGAUCCGUAAACCGACAUUACCCUGGACAAGUGCGUCGUCUAAUAAAUAAUAACAAUAAUAAUAAUUACGUUUUUCUUGUUGUCACGUAUAUACGUGAUAUUUUUGAACACGUAGCAACGUGAUAAUUUAAUUUCUCGUAAAUACGUGUUACUUUGUCACGUAUAUACGCGACAUUUUUGAACACGUAGUUACGUCAUAAUUUAAUUUCUCGUAAAUACGUGUUACUUUGUCACGUAUAUACGCGACAUUUUUGAACACGUAGUUACGUCAUAAUUUAAUUUCUCGUAAAUACGUGUUACUUUGUCACGUAUAUACGCGACAUUUUUGAACACGUAGUUACGUCAUAAUUUAAUUUCUCGUAAAUACGUGUUACUUUGUCACGUAUAUACGUGACAUUUUUGAGUGCAGAAUCUGACCAGUUCAUAGAAGUUCAUUGGAUAAAUUGGUCACAUUCUGCACAAGAUCUGCGCAGAAUUAUCUCCGUGAACGCACGCUGACACUGUAUUCACUUCAAUACGCAAGCGCAGCUGUAAAAAGAGAGAGCUUGACUCUGAGAAAUGCAGACUUUCUAUAUUCACUUCAGUGUGCAUGUCCCGAGGGAACAUCAAUUAAAUGCAGGUCCCCUGUUCCCCGCGGUGCACGAGUGUUAUGUGGCCGUGCUGGAGUUCCACGAGCUCGGGGUGAACACCUGCUCAUCCCCGCGGAGCUGCACGGGGGUUCGCCUGGGUCCCGUGUCUCCAGGGAGCAUGCUUGCUGAUCAUGAUCAUGAUUAUGAUCAUGUUAUUCUGCUUGCUAAUUGUGAUUAUGCAACAUGGUAUUCUGCGUGCGGGUCAUUAACAUGAAGAACGUAUUCGUUUACCAGGGUUGCCGUAUAAACUGUGGACCCACAAUCCUCCUGGUGCAUCGCUCACGUUACAGGUGCCGGAUAGACCUGAAUUAAGGCAAGUUCCAGUUUUUUUUCCCGAGUUUUCUUUUUAUAUUCGUUUGUUAUUGUAUAAGAAUUAAUAGUCGAUCACAUGUGCUCAUAACAUAUCGAGACCACAUUUGUCACUGUUUUUUUUGUUUUUGUUUUCUAGUAUAUAGUGUAUAUAACGGGGGUGGGUGGGGAUUGGUACCUGUAUUUAAAAGUAAGUAUUGGAAAAUCGUGAUGGGUUUUUGAUUAUUCUUACAGUAGGUACAGUAUUCUGGUCGAAUUAAGAGACAGACGUGUAUCAAGGCAAGUUAUCUAUUUUAUUUUAUUUAUUUUUUGGCUGGGGAAGUGGAUGAAAAUGAAUAUUUCAAGAAUGAAUUUCCCCUCGUCUACUGCAGCGACCUGUAUGAGAUGUUGCAUCAGUAGCUUUAUUAUACAGUUGUACCGGUUGACUUAAGAUUUGUAUUUUAUUGUACCAAUGUACCUAUCAUUUGUAUGAAUUACUUGCUAGAUGUACAGGUAUUUAGAGUUAAGUUUUUUUUUAAAAUUUAUUUUAAAGCUGAUCAAUACUUGGAGUAGCACAAGGGUGUAAUGUGUGUUUGUUUGUUGUAGUGUCAAGAGGUGGUCAUGCAGAAGUGCAGGAGGUGUGGAAAAGAUAUCCCUCUGCAAUGCCUUUCAGAACACAUUGAAAACUGUGGAAGACAGCCUGAUGGCACUGAUUUGGAAGAUGAUGUCGUUAUGGAGAUAUCUGAAGAGACUCAACUAUCUAUGUCAUGACACGACAACACAUCCCAUGUUCAAAAUUAUUACAGCGAGCACCAUGCUUCUUGUAGUGGACUGUACAGAGACUAUGUGGACCUUGUCAGUGCGCCUCACCCCUCCUGUCACCCCUCGCCCCUCCUCUCACCCCUCACCUAACCCCUCCUCUCACGCCUCGCCUCACCCCGGGUCAGUGUGGCACAGCCUGUCUGCUCUUCUGAACAAACACUUCAGCCCUGCCGACGCAGUGAUAGUCUGGAGCAGCAACACAAGGAUUACGAGCGGAGGCUGCGCUUGUUGAGCCUGGAUGAUAUGGAGCGGCUGGCGACCCGCAUGCUUCACCCCGAGGCUGGGGAGUGCAUGGAGCUGUCCUUCCUGGACUGAGCAAUACUGCUGCUGCCUUCUCCACCUCUCCCCUCUUUUCUCCCCUCUCCCCUCUCUCCUCUCCUCUUUACUCUCUCCUCCCCCUCUCCUCUCCUCUCCUUACUUUGUUUAAAAGAAUAGAAGCACACCCAGUGAGCAAGGUAUUGAGCAGCCCCACAUCCCGCUUCACAAUACCGCUACAUAUUGACUAACUGUUCGCAUCGUGUGUGUUUGGUAAGACAAACCACAUUUUCUACUUUCUGCUAUUUUAAAAGGAGCCCAGUUUGGUGCAGGAGGCUUGUGGGUAACAGAGUGUGUUUUUGCUGGGGACUGCAGCCCUUCCAUUACCAUUGCUCGUAGAGGGGAGAUUGUUUUACUUUCAAGCCUUUUUCUUUAAUAAAUCCGGACGUUUGGAAAUACA